AUGGCACGACGAGACAGUGCAACCAUUCCGAAGACCAGAAGACAGUCCCUGAAUCUGCAACAUCAAGAUCAUUUAUCCACUUCCUCCUUCAGUGCACGACUGACCAGCAAGGGGAAACGCCCUCAAGGUAUCAUCAAAGGACAAAAGCAAACGCCUCAUCGACGGAGCGCACGUCUGGACCGCUUGAUUGAGGUCGAUGAGACUCAGCCAAAAGACAGCCAGCAGCCUCUGCCAUCGCCAAUCAGCGACAUUAAAAGUCCUAAACGUGCACACCCACCUCCUACCUUUCUACCAUCGAAGACUCCAAAGCGGAAACGAGAAGCUGAACAGCAACUAAAAUCGCUCUCUUCAAAACGACCGCGAACAUCCCGUUCCGAACCCUCUCUUCGAGACGUUGAUUCCGUUACAUAUUGGACGAAGACAUACCACUGGCCGCGAGAGUACUUCAAUGAAAGUGGCGAAAUGAGUCACUUAUUGGCGAGAAAGAAAUCCGCAGCCUCACUUCGCCGAAAGCGGUCGGAUAGCGGGUCGGGCGCACCCAGCUCAACCACACCCAGUGACCAGAAGGCCAGGGAGGAGAAGAGUGCUCCUUACAGAGAUCCACGUUACAGGGUGCUCCUCGAAGCUACGGGAAGCUAUAUGGACAGAUCCGACCUAGACAUCACAAAUAAGAGUAAAGCCCUCUGCCGGGACUUGAUGGCAAAGGAGCAAACGAUUCCCAAGGAUUCUAUAUUCUCCGACAACGUGUUUGAAAAAGCCUGCAGAAAGUUCCAAGACAAGAACGAGGCACGGGUUAUCCAAGAUAUAGGUCGACUAAUCGUUCCAUCUGCGGAGACUCUGGCUACAUUCGGUGCAGAACAGCUCGAUAAACUUGUCGAAAGCGUCAACGAGGGUUGGAACAACUCUAUUCCUGUUACCAAGACACGACCCCAACCAGACUAUUCUGUGGGUUUCAAACGCUCGGCAUUCACAGAAGAUCAAAUUCAGAGACUUCAACCAUUCGUUGGCGACCUCUUUGACAGCUCCUUCUUUAUGGGCACCUGGUACAUGUACUUCCCCUUCUUCUCGAGCGAAGUGAAGUGCGGUGCGGCCGCACUCGAUGUUGCAGAUCGACAGAACGCGCACAGUAUGACGCUCGCAGUUCGGGGAGUCGUGGAACUGUUCCGGCUUGUGGGGCGCGAGCAAGAGCUUCAUCGGGAGAUCCUCGCCUUUUCCAUCUCACAUGACAACGAGACUGUGAGGAUUUAUGGCCACUAUCCUGUGAUCGAGGGUAAAAAGACCACGUUCUACCGGCACACCAUCCGCAAAUUCGACUUCACAGAACAGGAUGGUAAGGAGAAAUGGACGGCAUACAAGUUUACCAAGAGCGUCUAUAACACCUGGAUGUCUGCUCACUUCGAGAGGCUUUGUUCGGCGAUUGACGCAAUACCUCCCGAUAUAAACUUUGAACUCCCAGAAGAAUCCGAAUUGCAAUUCCCCUCAUCAUCUGGACUUUCGCAAGGACUGGAAAGUCAUUACCUCUCGGAGUCAGGUGCUACAAGUAACGACGAGCUGAGGCUCCUCGAUCCUCGGGAAGCUACACCAGAAACUUCUGUUACCCGAACAUCAGAACAGACAGCUUUUAAAAAACCAAAGAAGAGAUGA